CGGAUUGAUUUCUUUAUGUAUGAUAAAUCUUUGCAUAAAGGCAACACCAAUUUCUAUUUGUUGCAGAAACUACACCAGUGUGAGUCCAAGAUAUUCACCUUACAAAAUGAAAUUGACUGCAUGAAGCCCAAACUUGCCGAAAAAUCUCAACUGAAGUCAGAAAUAGAGAGGCUAAUAAAAGAACUUGUGAUAAUGGGUGAACUGAAUCAGCACCAUAAGGAUAUGAUGGAGAAGGCGGCUGUUGAUAAGGGAAAGAAACCUGAAGCUAGCUUGCAGUUUUAUGCUUGUCAAAAAGAGUUAACAGCCUCUAAGCAAAUGGUAAGGAAACAGAAAACUGAAAUAGAAGCCUUGCAUUCAAAGGUUGCAGAACUGGAGAAACACUUAACAAAAAAGGAUGUUGAAAUGAAGGAGUUUAGAAAGUUUUCUGAGAGCUUGAAUGGAAUUUACUUGGCUAAACACAAGGCAUUAGAAGAAAAAUAUACUGCACAGAAAAAAAUCAACCAAACUCUAGAGGCUCGUAUACUUAAUUUACAACUUGCUCUAGAGGAUACAAAACAUGAAAACACGAUGCAGGCAGCAGCCAAGACUAAAACUAGAGCAACAAGUCCAAUUCAAGAGGAAACGUCUAGCGGUUAGGAACCAUCUCACGGCACUCCUACUGGCAACCUAAAAACUUAACAUUAAAGUAUAGUAAUAGCAUAGAAUGCGACCCCUUGGUGCUGAAGUUGUUGAUAGGCUCUUAUUAGGUUGUUGUAUAGAUGUUGUGUUUAAGGUGUCAGUAGGUUGAUAGUGGCAUGUUGGUAAUGUUUUGGUAGGGUAUCAGAAGCUGGUUGUUGGUAGGUCAUCGUUGGGGUGUUGGUGGUUGUGUUUAAGGUGUCAGUAGGUUGAUGGUGGCAUGUUGGUAGGGUAUCAGAAGCUGGUUGUUGGUAGGUCAUUGUUGGGGUGUUGGCGGGUCAUUUAAGGUGUCAGUAGGUUGAUGGUGGCAUGUUGGUAAGGUGUCCUAAGGGUGUCAUCAGGUUCUUAGUAGGUUGUUGGUAAGGUGUUUUUAGGGUGUCAACAGGUUGUCGGUAGGUGGUCUGUAGGAUAAAGAUAGGAUAUAAUGAUAAGCUAUUGGUCUAUACUUUACAGUAAUUUGGAGUCCAUUUCCUAACUAUUACUAUUGUUUAUUUUAGAUAUAUUUUUAUAUCUAAAGUAAUAUAUAUUCAUGGCUUAAAUUAAAGGGCUUGAUAGAGAUAGAAUACAGUAAAUAAGACAAAGUUGAAACCAUACUCAUUGAAAAUUUUAACUGACUUCAAAAAAACCUUUUUUUGCAAUAUCUUGAUAAGUAUUUUUGAAUUAUUGUUCAUGAAUUUAAAUCUCAUUGMAAUUCUAUUGCCCUUACAAGUUUGGAAAAACUGGCAAAAUAAGUUCAUGGUAUGCUGAUCAAAUUUGAGAGGGUUUAAAAGAAAYUAAAAURAAAUUGCUUCUAAUCUUU